AUGCGGGCUCUCGUCUUCCGUCAAGCUGUUUCCCCUUCCAGAGGACCAGUUAUCGAGACAGACGACAUGGCAGAACGGACACCUAUCAAGCCCUCAUCAUCCACAGAAGGGUUCUUUCAAACCCUUCCCACUAUCCCGCCGUGCUAUAGCUUCACUACCGCAAGCGCCCGCGGAAACCACUCUUCAUCCGACGAUGUAGUUCUAGGCCGGAUCCUGGAGCUUUAUCUUCCCCACAACUGCGGCAACGCGGGCUACUCCAUCCACAAUCUCUCUCGCCGUGCCCUAGAGCCUAGUAUCCUUCAGCACAGCGUCGACGCAGAGACCAACCCGCCUGUUCUCCGUCCGCUCACCACCUUCGGCGAGGAAAACCGUGUUAAUCCCUUAUGGACUUCAAAUGGUUGGCAGGCGCUCAAGGCAAUUGGCCAGGAAGAAGGUCUCGUGAGUGUCGCAUACGAGACGGAAAACACAACCUGGAAUCGCCGCGUGCAUCAAUUUGCCCUCAACCAUGUUUGGUCCGGUAGCGCUGCCAUGACGGGGUGUCCUGCCUCUAUGACGGAUGGGGCAGCCAAACUGCUGGCAGCUCAUCUCAAUGAACCGGACGGGGACCAACCCGGUCGUAGCGAAGUCUUGCGCGAGGCACACCGGCGCCUCAUUUCACGGGACCCUAAAGUCGCCUGGACAAGUGGGCAAUGGAUGACGGAGCGAAAGGGUGGCAGCGACGUACGCGGGACUGAGACGAUCGCACGUCGGCUGACUCGCGAAGAACUGCUUCAGGAAGCCUCCCAUCACGACGCGCACGGCAUGCCGCUUGGUCCGUGGCGUAUUGAUGGAUUCAAGUGGUUCAGCAGUGCGACCGACUCGGAAAUGACGGUGAUGCUGGCGCAGACCACCAAAGGGCUCAGUUUGUUCUACGCGCCAGUGCGGCGGCGCGCUGGACGGUCGGCGUCAUCUUCGAGUGACACUGAGUUGAAUGGUAUCCGUUUGCAACGGUUGAAGAACAAAGUGGGCACUAAGCAACUGCCUACCGCGGAGUUGGAGCUCAAGGGGGUGCGCGGCUGGCUGAUCGGGGAGGAGGGCCGAGGUGUAAAAGAGGUUGCGACCAUCCUCAAUAUCACCCGCCUGUACACAGCGGCCGGCUCGACGGCGGGAUGGGGCCGUGGGUUAGCCAUUUGCCGGGCAUACACACGAGCUCGCAAAGUUCAAGGCUCACUUCUUGAGGAUAUCCCGCAGCACGUGCGCUGGAUGGCGGGUGAGACGGUAAAAUAUGCGGCAGCCAUGCACUGGGUCUUCUUUGGCAUCGCUCUGCAGGGGUCCGUCGAGCAGGAAUGGGACCUGAUGGUUCGUAAUACCAAAGCUGCUGCCAUAAUCCCGCGUGAUAGGAAGCAAGCUGCAACUCUGCUUCGACUCAUCACCCCGGCGUUAAAGGCUCUGUCCAGCGUGGGCUCUGUCCAAGGUCUCAGGGAGUGCAUGGAAGGACUCGGUGGGGUUGGCUAUUGCGAAAACAAUGAGGACGGUGGGAUUCUCAAUGUAGCGAGGAUCUUCCGAGAUACGCUGGUCAAUCCCAUCUGGGAGGGUACGGUUAGUGUGAUGGCUGAGGAUGUGGUAAGAGUCAUUAAGGACCGACGCCUCGGUGAUGGUGAAGUCAUCGACAACGUCCUCGGGAAAUGGGUGCACAAUGUACUCCAACACUGUCAACAUAUGCUUCCCGACGAGUGUGCGUUCGUCAAGAAAAGACUGGAGAGUCUCGUCCAAAUCACGAAUCGGGCUGACAAGGCGGAGCUGCUUUGGCGGGGGAGGGAAAUAAUUGGUCAUUUACAAGCCAUCGUUUGCUCUUGUCUGCUGAUGUAUGAUGCUUGCACUGAUGGUAAUGAGGUAGCCGUUAUCAUGGCAGCAAGAUACGUUCAGUCAUUUGCGGACUCUGGUGUACAGCCACCGUCACAAUGGGAUGUUGAGUCACGGAAGGAUAGAAUGAUAUUCUUAGGAGAGAAUAUGGCCCGGGCUGUACAUGGGAAGCUUUAG